AUGAAAUUGGAUGAAUUGCCACCUGAACUGUUAUUUAAAAUUUCAACUUAUUUGACUUUGUUCGAUAUUGGAUACUCAUUGAUGGGUGUCUCCAAUCAUCUAGAUAAGUUGUUUGCUGAAAAUAAAAAUGAUCAUCGUACACUGGCUUUUCACGAUGGCCGUUGUUCGUAUUCUCUUUAUCGAGCUUUUCUAGACGAUCACAAUGGUUUCCGUACACGUUGUUUAAGUAUUUUUAUUCGUUCAUUGGUAUUGGGCGGCUUUUGCAACAUAACCUGUGCUUAUGGUAUUCUCUCCAAAUGGGCUGAUAGCACACCUUCAUUCUUACCUUCUGUACGAAUACUCACUCUAUCUAAUAUGCAGUUUUUUCACAAAUAUUGCUACAAACCACUUGCCUUGAUUCUUGCUUGCGGUACUGAUACUAGUAUCAUAGGAUAA